CACCCUCGAUCAUGGGCGCUGUAUUCUCCGCUGUUGGUAUGUUCCUCGGGUCCCUCGCCCAGGGGAUCGUCACUGUCAUCACGACGAUCGUCAAUACACUCUAUACGUUAAUUCUUGCGAUAAUUGAAGGAAUCGUGUCCCUCUUGACAUGUCGGUUCGGCAAGAACUCCAAACCAGCACUCGCGACCAGUGGUGCCGUACCAAACGGAUCCGGACAAGCGGGUAAAGCCGCGGCAGGGGCGCAGACUGGCAUGGCAGCUGCUCAGGGAGGAGGGUUAGCGGCUACCGGAGGGGGAAUGGGGAACGUCGGCGGCGCUCCAGUCGCCGCUGGGUACGGCGGACAGCCACAGAUGGCUAUGAACCCCGCGAUGCAGACGAGAGGGGGGAUGAUGCCGAUGGGAGGCGUUGCCCCUCAAGCUCAAGGCCAAAUGAUGGGCGCGGGAGGUGUGUAUCCGCAAGGCCAGAUGAUGAAUACGGGGGGUGUUAUGCCUCCUGCGAAUAUGGCACAGGGAGCGGGAAUGGGGCAAGUCGGAGGGAUGCAGCAGUAUGGAGGAAUGCAACCCAUGCCUGCAACUGGGAUGGUGCAGCCUGGUAUGAGGACAGCGGCGUAUUGAGGCUUCUGCUAUUCUGCCUGGUUGUAAAAAUAUAUUCACGACAUAAUGAUCUUGUAGCCAUAGGUAACUUGUACCUUCAUUAAUCACGUACUUGGAUGGAAUUCAA